AUGUCCGCUCCCCGACUCUCGAGGACCUCCUCAGCUCAUUCCCAAAAUGUCGUGACAAGGGCCGUCGGUCGCCGGUCAAGGUCAUUCCUCGCGGGCUUCCUCCCCGUCACGGCGCAAACAGCACCAGCACCAGCAUCAACACCCUCCUCGAGCACCUCGAAACCUCUCACCACCCUCCAAGAAGCCAAUACUCGGAACUUGCCAGAAGUGUGGUUCAACCCGACCUUUCCCUAUGCAAAUACAAAUACCACGCCACCUCUGGGCCAGGGCCCCAACAAGCCUCCAGAUGAUCGCAAAGCAAAACUAGGCAAAACCCUGCGCAUCCUCCAAGAACGACUCCCAACCCUCCUCCAGUCUCCCCUUCCGACAGAGAUCCUCGCGCCCAACAUCUCGCUGCACCUCUUCCCCUCGACCCACCCACACCUCCCCACUGUGUCCGGCCGUGUUGCUUACAUUGCCGCAUUAUGGACGGCACCCAUGACAUGGAACCGCCUGCCCAUCAUCGGCGACGUCGAGCUCGAGAUCAUGUCGGAGCGCAUGGUGAAGCAGCCCGGAACCAGGCAGGGCGCCGUCAGCGAGAAGCUGGUGGUGAGGUGGAGGACGACGGGCAAAGGAAUCGGGUCAAAGCUUCCCUUCCGUGACAAGCUGACGGCCAAGGAGUUCUGGGGCCUGUUCAUCUUCGAGUUCGACGGCGAGGGCAGGGUACUAAGUCAUACUAUCGAGCACGUUCAGUCCGAGGGAGACUGGGACAAAGGCAUCGGGGCGAAAUUUGUCGGUUUGACUGACUGGCUCCUCGGGGGCAUGAGAGGGCCAGAAGGAUGCCCUGCCUUUGAGAUACACCAGGAGCAGCGUCCGCAACGACGAAGAUGA